AUGAUCCAGAAAACAACACAAACUUCACAUGAUAGUAAUGACAUAUCGAAAUCAGAGCCGAUUCCUCCCGAUAUAAUCUUUGAGAUACUCUCAAGACUGCCUACGGAAUCGAUUGUGAGAUUUCAGUCCGUCUCUAAGCUCUGGUCGUCCAUCACCGCCACUCCAGAAUUCACCAAGGCUCGGUCCUCGGCAUCACCGCCGCGUGUUCUACUACUCUUUCUAAAACGCGAGAGGCUGUUCGCUUUCUCGUCUCCGACACAAGAGAGUAAUAAUCCCGACAAUGCUAAUUACCCUCCUCUAGUGGUCAGUUCGCUGUAUGAAUGUCUCGAACACUGUUUUCAUUCCGUUAACGGCUUUGUUCUCUUGCAAACUCGUACACAGUUCAAGAUUUGGAACCCAACCACGGGACGUGUCUUCACUCUACCGAAACUUGAAUGUGACGAACGCUUAACCCUAAAACAAUUUUUAUUGGGAUAUGAUUCGGUUGAUCAUGAAUACAAAGCACUUUGCAUCCUUCAAGGCAGAUCAAGAUUCACGGAAAUUGGGAUUCUUACAUUGGGAGCUCAAGAAGAAUCAUGGAGAUUUAUAUCCACACGUAUCCCUAAGCAUGACCCUUUGCCAUGUGUUGGGCAAAGCAAUAGCGUCAUUUGCAUUGAUGGCUUGAUUUACUAUGAAGCUAUGUGUUUGGCUGCGAAUUACGCCAUAAUGAGCUUUGAUCUCAGAUCUGAAGAGCUUAACCUUAUUAAACAUCCGAAAUGGGAAAAACAAGGUUCGUUGGUAUCUUAUGAGGGAAUGCUAGCUUUUGUCACUUCCAGUAGGUUUGGUGUUGAAUUAUGGAUUUUGGAGGAUGCAGAGAAUCACAAAUGGUCAUCUAAAAGCUUCUCUUUACCUCCUCCUCCUUACGAAGAAUGGAUGUUGAAGGGUGUCACUGAUGCUGGUGAGUUUAUCUAUAUCUACACACCAGCCUGUAUGUAUUGUCAUGAUCAAUCAGGAAAGUUUUGCAAGAGUAGUGAACGUAUUCAUGUAGAAAAGAGUUUGUACGAAUCCUUCUCUGUUAUGUAUUUUGAUCCCAAGAAGAAGAGCACAAGAGAAGUUAAGUUUGGAGGAAUUUGUUGUGACGAUAUUUGGAGACUCGAUGAAGUUAAAUUCGAUGUUCGCGAUGAAUUAAUUGUCAUACCAAAUCACAUUGAGAGUCUCAUCUCCUUGUAA